AUGGCACUUGACGCAAUGGAAAUCGAUAAUCUCCCCCUCCGCACCGCCGACGCAGAACGGAAACGCAAAUCAAAGAACAAAGACAUCGAAUCACCAACCAAAAAGCGCAAGCAGUCUACAACAAGCCCUACAGACCUCAACCCAGAAUCCCCCUUCACCCUCACAACAGCAACCCUCUACCUGCCGUUAUCACCCAUCUCCAUCUCACCAACGCACGCACUGGCCUCGCUGCUGGCCGAGCAUCUCUCGCCACUGCUUCUGACCUACUUCCCCCCGCUGAAGGGCGUCAUCCUGGCCUACUCCAAUGCCUCGAUUUCCAGCAAGCCGCCCGUCCCAUCUUCACGCUCAGCUUCAGACAACAACCUCAACCCGCAGCCGCUGACACUCGCUACUACGGCCGACGAGUACGGCGUUCUCUACGUCUACCUGACUGCCACGUUCCUGGUCUUCCGGCCGAAGCGCGGACAGCCACUGGAUGGCUGGGUGAAUGUGCAAUCAGAGGGAUUCCUCGGCGCGGUGGUAUUCAAUUUGUUCUCUGUGGGAAUCGAGCGCAAGCGUCUGCCGUCGAAUUGGAAGUGGGUGCCGCCUGGCGAGGACGCUGAGACAUCCGCUGCUACCGAUGACGACUCAGGGUCUGAUAAGGAUUUGGCAGAUUUCGAUGCCGAGAAGGAAGGGUUCCAGCCUACUGCGCUUGCGGAGGAUGGAUCCAUUGAGGAAGAGGAGGAGGAGAAUGCUCACUCGGGAUACUUCCAGUCUGUUUCUGGUCAUCGGGUGAAGGGCUCUGUGCGCUUCCGUGUUGUUGAUGUGGAUGUUAUUCCUGGUUCGGAGCGGGAUCGUGGGUUCCUUAGUAUUGAGGGGACUAUGCUUUCUGUGGAGGAGGAGGAGAGACUUCUGGAGGCUGAGCGGAAGGGUCAGUCGUUGCCGCCUUCGUUCUUUUCGUCACCUAAGAAGGUCUCUGGGACCAUUCCGGUGAUGGAUGUUCCUGCUGCGUCGGCGGUUCAGGAACUCUCGUCUGUGGAUGUGCAUUUGGAGCCGAGUCCGAAGAAGGAGAAAAAGGAGAAGAAAGAGAAGAAGGAAAAGUCUGAAAAGAAAGAGAAAAAGUCCAAAUCUUCCAAGUCGAAGAAGAGCAAGGACGAAUAA